AUGCCGAUCUACAGAAUUAGAGGGAUCGAUGUGGAUUUCCCCUUCGAAGCAUACGACUGUCAGAUUGUCUACAUGGAGAGGGUCAUUCAGUCCUUGCAGGAGGUGCGCUCUCCACGUCCGUUCUAGUUCUCUGAAGAUUUUUAUCUUCACUUGUUUGAAAUCGUCGCCCGUGGCCUGCCGCUGUUGAAUCGGUGGCAACAGGAUGAUUGGUGACGACAGAACAAGCUGCUUCAUCCUCUCAACGCGGCUCAUUGCCUUCUUGAGAGCUCCAUUUGUACCCACGAUUCAGUUUCUUAAGGUUUUUUCUCUGUUCCAGAGCCGCAAUGCGUUGUUGGAGAGUCCAACCGGGACGGGGAAGACUUUGUGUCUGCUUUGUGCGACGUUGGCUUGGAGGAAGAGUCUGGGGCCUUUCUCGAGCGAGUUUCAGAAGGAGAAACUCAGCCAGAGCUCUGAUGAUGCGUCUCUAUCGCAACGUCGAUCAAGUUAUCCUACCAUCAUAUAUACUUCGCGAACCCACAGCCAGCUGAAGCAAGUCAUUCGAGAAUUGAAAGCGAGUAACUACAGGUUAUUUCCCUCUUUCAUUUCAGCUGAUCACUAAUGCAACUACAUAGCUUUUUUCUUUCGUCAUAUGUACCGCCGACUUCUCAUUAUCUAUAAAGUCAAUGCAUACUAGUCAUUUGGUUAAAUAUGCAAACUCCACGUCAUGGUGUCCGAAUCCAUUUGAGCUACCUGCUAGUCGUUGCGCACCAACGCACAGAUGUAUUUAUUCUCAUCUUUCAAAUGGGGGUUUCAGAAGUAGUGCUUCUGGAUCUCUGAGUGGUUCAGAAGUAUUACAAGAAGUCAGCCACUUUAUCUCGAGGCAGAUGUGAAUCAUAACAACGCCCCUGUUUCUUUUUCUACUUGGGUGAAGAAAUACACUUAAGAUUACUAAUUCGAUUGUGACUGAGCAUUUGGAUCAAUUAGGUGGCCGUGCUACCUUAUACUUUUAGUCUAAGAACAUUGAUAAUCAUUUUUCUAAACCUAAACUAAUAAUGCAUUUCUGUUCGGCUCUCUUCUCCCCCUUCGUGGUAAACAAUGAUGUGAACCAGGUAGAAAGUUUGCAACUAGGGAAAAGAUGGAGAAGCAACAGGAUUCUCUUACAAGUAAGUUGUGUGGAACGUAAGCUGGGAUAAUAGCUCCUUUCAAAUGGUCUGAAAUAUAUCACUAUUGAAGUUACCUUUUUUUUUUCAAAUGCUCUGUAAAUACAAGUUUUUUUUUAAAUGCACAGGUUUAUUUCACGUUUAUCUUUAGAAGUAUUAUUUUGGAUAUGUAAAUGACUGGCGUUGUAAAUGCACAGGUCUGAAAUCCAUAUGCUGUAUGGAAGCAUUUUUCAGUCUAUCUUGUACAACGCCUUGGCCUGGAUUUUGGGCGCUCAUUUCUUUGUGAUUUUUUUUUAUCACCGAGCUGUACAUCCAUGAAACUUAUACAUGUUGACUUUAUCUGAUAUUGGUAGAAGCGUUGUGAACUGUGGACCGAAAAUUUUCAAGAUAAUUAGAAUCGAAUUAUUUUGUACUGCAGAAUUUGAUAUUCUUUUUUAUACUGUAAAAAUAUUGCAGGCCCAAAAUGGGGAUACUGGGUUCUCGUGAGCAGAUGUGCAUUCAUGACAAAGUGAGAACGCUUCAAGGAAGUGCCCAAAAUAAUGCUUGCUAUUACCUCCGUAAAAAGCGUUCAUGCAGGCAUCACUGUCUUGCUUCCGGUGUGUCCUCCUGCCUAUGGAAUUGUAUUUCAUCAUCGGCUAGUCUUGGUCCAUCAGUUAUUUCUAUCUUUUUUCCCAUGCUGCGACAGUUUUUCCUCUCUUCUGUUCUCGGAUUGUGCAUAUGAAUAAAUAAUAAUCAGUUACGGUUCAGCUUCCAAAAGGGAAUCUUGCUUUAGAUAGAGUAUCCUAUGUUUGUCCUCGUUUCCUACAAGGACAAUGCUGAGUGGAUCCAAGACUGAUUGGGGAACAAUACUAUCAUCAAAGAGGGAGUGUAGAUUUUUUGGUUGAUUAUAUAUUUUCGUCCAUGGAACAUUGGCGGAUUCAGGAAAACCUUCCAUCUCUCGUGAAUGAAUUCCUGCCAAUAGUAGUCAGGUAGAGAAGUGGUGGUCAUCAAGUUAGAUUUCCUGAAAGCCUAUAACCACCUGCGUUGUCAACCAAUUUUUAUCAUUUUAGAGAGCAUAGAUAUUAGUCAGCGAUGAAAUGGUGUCUACUCAGAUGUAUAUCCUCCGGCCAUCCUUCCAUAAAGAACAAAAAAUAAAAAUUCACGGUAGAAACCUCUAUUUUAAGAUAGUACAUAUUAUUUAUAUCCAUUUAUAACGAUACUUUUGAUUCAUAAGAUGCAUGUGGAAGACUGAAAAUUAAAAAAAGAGCUCUAUAGCUGUAGGAUUCCCAUAUUUUAAUCCCAAUUUAGAUUUAUGGCUUACCCGAAACCUAGGACUUUGAACCUGGUUCUUGUCAGUAAGUAGGUCAUUGCACAGAGAGGUAAGUAAUGAGAUUGGGUUGUGAUUGGUGGUGACAAGGUGCGAUUGGAGCAGGGAGGUUUGGAAUAUCUCUGUUACGAUCUCUGACACAUCAAAUAUGUGCUCAUAUGCAAUUAUGAUGCAACUUUUCUACACUGCUUUUUAUGCUGAGCAACGUCUUCACGGCUUUCUUGAAUACCAGAACUUGAUAAUUGUAGUGAUAGUUUCUACAUUCAUUUCACUCCUGGGAUUUUGUUCCCUGGUGUCUUAUUCAGUGGUCCAAAUAAAGUAUUUAAUCAUCUAUGAAUUACUUGUUCUUUCGUACAGAUUUUAUGAAAAGCCGUCCUGAGCUUGGAAAUGAACCUUUCGACAUUGAAGAUUUGGUCAAUAUUGGAAAGACCGAGGGACCGUAUGUUUUUUUAAGUACUCUUGUUAUAAGUUCAUCAUCCGCCAGUCUUUAAGUUUCACAAUAUGUAUAUUUUUUCUGGUUCACAUUCACUUAUCAUGAAUUUCCUCUGCAGAUGUCCAUAUUAUAUGUCCCGUGAUCUUCACAAGACGGUUGACAUUCUAUUUUCUCCUUAUAACUAUUUAAUAGAUCCUGCUAGAAGGGAUUCUCUUACCGGUAUUCAAUGGGAUAAUGCUGUUCUUAUUUUUGAUGAAGCUCACAAUUUGGUAAGUACUCGAUGUAGCUUGUUACAUGGGUUAUUUCCAAUUAAUUAUUUGGUAGUCGGAGUCAAUACUGGCCCAAAUUUAAUCAUCGCCAAGGAUGGCAGAGGAUUGUCACUCUCUUCGGAUAUAAACUCGUUCUUUUUUUAAAUCUCAUUUGAUUGAUUAUGUCAUAACUACCUUAUGAUCUAAAAUGCAGGAAAGCAUAUGUGCUGAUGCGGCAUCUUUUGACUUGCCUUUGGGUUCUUUGUCUGCAUGCAUUUCUGAAGCAAAUCAAUGCGUUAGUAUCUCCAUUAAAAGGAGGACCAUUCAGAAAUCGGCUGAAAAGGAUCAUGAUCCAGACAACUAUGCUAUUCUCAAAGGUGGUUUUAUUUUUCAGCUUCCUAGAUUUCUCUCUUGUCCUGGUUAAGCGGUGAACCGGGUCAAUUUUUCUACUGGGAAUUGUUUGCUCCCACCCCUGAAAAAAUUAAUGGUACUGGUUGAUUGACUGACUAACCUGGCUAACCUGGCUCAUUGACGCCCAUAAUUGUUAUGGAACUAAUAAUGAGCAUCAGCAUCAGUGGGAGACACAGAAUAAAAUUAAACUUUUAUCAUCAGUUGGCUGCUCUUGCUAAUUGUGCGUUCUACAAGAUUUUGUAUAUGCAAUUUGAUUAGUUGAUUGAUUAUGCAUCAAUUUUCUUUCUCAAGUUCUUUGUUCAUGACCAUUGUGCUAUUCUCGCAGCUCUUUUAAUGAAACUUGAAAAACGAAUCUGUGAAGUGGUCAUCGACUCAAAAGAAUUAGGUUUCACUCGCCCUGGUCUGUACAUAUACGAGUUCCUUUCGGAACUGAACAUCACUUUUGAGACUGCCAAUAUGCUUACAAGUACAAUCGAAAGUGGUGUACAGCUUCUUGAAGAGAGUAAGUAGAAACUUGCGUUUGUUGCUGCUAUUUCUUUCUAUUUUGGUAAAAAGUGUGCUUUUUUGUCAGUGAGACAUUAUAUAAUGAUGCCUAUGUGUAUAAAAGUCGCAUUUAUCUUUUUGGUGUUGACUUAUAUUGUUGUUUGUAAUUUGCCAUCUACGAUUUUCUUUUUUUCUUAAAUAUUUUCUAUUCGCUCAUUAUGACGUAAUUUAUAAUCAAUACGAAUUGAUAUUUCGUUGAUAUCAUGCAAAGGGCACAUGAAUGGCCAUAUAAACAGGAUGAAGGGCACGAUCUGUAGACUUGAAAUUAUCAAGGACAUUCUGAAGAUUAUCUUCAGAGAUGGUGGUAAAAGUCAUGCAGAGUUUUACCGUGUAAGUAUGGAUAGACUUCAUCUCACUGUCAUUUCGUAACUUAAUAUUUUCUAAGGUUGAUUAUCACAUACCUCUAGUUUCUUAAUUAAAAAUUCUCUCCCAUAGUUUCACGUGCAGGAAUCUCAGCAAAAUGUCUCUGAUUCUAUGAAAGGUACUAAAAAAUCUCUCUUCUGCAAUUUCGGUUGUUCGUACAUUCUAUCUCAUAUAUCCUCCUUUUUUGUGAAGUACGGGGGUACCUUUGUUGAUUUCUAUGUUUUUAUUAGAGGUGUCAAUAGGCUCUGCUGGGGCUGGCGUUGUCGAGUUGAUCGAAGGCUUUAUACGUGUCCAAGAUCCGGCCUGGAGAAGGACCUGAGAAAUGAGCUCCAGCCUGGCAGUUGUCCUCAGGGAUACAAGAGGGGAGAGAGGUUUUUCACAGAGGGAGGUGGGCGUGAGGGGCUGUUAGAUAGGAGCAAUGGAGGUGCGGGUGCUGCUAAGGGGAUGUUUAUUUACAUCUGGGAAGGCGAGUUCUCAGGAGGAAGUGGGAAGUUGUGAGGGUUCUUGCUGGGGUAGGGGAAGAAAGAGGAGGGAAAGAGGGAGUCCAAGUGCCUGCAGCCAUAUUGCAAAGAACUGAGUUUCUAGGGUUAACGUUGCCGUGUUAAUGACCCCAGAAGUGAGUUUCCGUCUGUAGCCUGGUGCCCAUUGACUUGGCCAAGUUAAUGGCCGGAUGCCAUUAAGGUCCAUCACUUUGAAGUCUGGACUCACUCAGAUGGGCACCAGGCUGGGCUGGGCUUGUUUGAAUUUUUGGGCUUUACUGGUGGCUCAACAUGGACAUCACUUAUAUAUUUUCUAUUAGUUAUAAAUGUUCUCCUAGAUUGUAUAAAUCUCUAAAAAUAUGUUCUUUCACAUUUUGUGCACUCAACCUUCCUGAAUGUGAUGAAAAUUGAUUUGAAACAAUCAAGAGUUUAAUAUGCACUAUAUGAUGUGAAGUACCUAUUGAGAUAGUUAUUGCCAGGUAUUGCAGGAUAUAAUACCUUUCAGAGGUAAGUUUCAUGGAAAAAUCUUGGGAAUCAGAUUGCUGAGAAUGUUUGGCGGAGAGGGUGAGAGAGGGAGAGAGAGAGAGAUGUAACAUUGGUCUGUCAUGCGCUUGUCAGAGACUUUAUUACCCCUACACCUUCUCUUCUCUCCCAUAAUUGUCUUUGCCUUGCAGCUCUUUUCUAUUGAUUUCAUAAAGGUUUUUGCCCUACCAACGGAAGAAAUACUUCACCUGUGCAUGACUUGUGUAAAACUUGCUAUAUUGUCAAAGCAGCGGUUAUCCUCGCAAUACGUUGAGUUUAUUUAGGAACUUUUCCCCUGAAUGUUACUGGGCACAUUUUGGUUGAUAAUCCCCUUGUUAUUCUUACUUAUAGGAAAGUCCUCCAGGAUACUCAGCUGGUGGUGUUUCAAUCCUGGAAUUGCCAUGAAAGAAUUUGAGCGUCUUAAUGUGCGUUCUGUCAUAAUGACAUCUGGUACAUUGUCACCAUUAGAUUCAUUUGCCCUCGAAAUGAGCUUGUAGGUGGACGUUUUUUUAUUCUCUCUUCCUCCAAGUUCAGUUACUGGUUAUUUCUCCCUUUCCCUUCAUGUUUCAUGUCUUGCAUUCUCAUGCAGAGAAUUUCCAAUCAGGCUGGAGAACCCUCAUGUGGUAUCUCGCAGUCAAGUUUGGGUUGGAGUUGUUUCUCGUGGUCCAUCUGGUUUUUCCUUCAAUUCUUCCUAUCGCAAUCGGGAUUCCGUGGAUUACAAACAAGAACUCGGUAAUGCAAUUGGUAGGUGGAAGGCUCUGUGAACAAUUUUGAAUUGAUUUUAAGGCAUUUCUAAGGGGCUGACAGUCGUUGUCUCCAUGCUCUAUUUAUUUGGCAGUAAACUUCGCACGAAUCGUACCUGAUGGAUUACUUGUAUUUUUCCCCUCGUACUAUCUUAUGAACCAGUGCAUCGAAUGCUGGAGGAAUAUGGUAUGGUAACAUGUGAGAAAACCUUAUUGAAAUGUUUGUAGUCUUAUCUUGCUUAACUCAUAUUUGUGAUUACAGAAUCAUGCCAGCUCAACAGAUUUGAGCACAAUUUGGGAGAGGAUAUGCAAAAACAAGCAACCUGUUAUUGAACCUAAGGAAUCACAGCUGUUUGGCUCAGCAAUUGAAGUAAGAAAUCCUUAUUUCUCCCAUUUUUAAUUAUCUCCGUGAUCUUUUUCUCAAAGGCAUCAAAAAGUAUUCAUCAAACUUUUUGCGCCUAUAUUUCUUAAUUCAGCCUUGUGACCUUUUCUGUACUUCUGAAAGUAACUUUUUAUGAAUGGUUUCAGGAUUUUCAGGCAAAACUGCAUGACAGAUCUACUUCUGGAGCAGUUUUUUUUGCAGUAUGCCGUGGCAAGGUCCUUUUUAAACAGAUUAUUACAGAUUUCUUAUGUUUUCACACUUCGCUUGAUAUCCUUGUUGAAGCGAGCUGUGCUCCAUUAAGAUAUGCUCAAUGAAGAGCUCUAAUUGGUUAUACUUCCAAAGUAUUGUUGAAAUUCCAUCCUUUUACUCUGGGUUGCUUUUUGAAAUGGGUCCUGUAUUUAGACGUUAGAGAUGAUGGCUUCUUUGAGGAAAACCUUCAACAACCAUUUCAAAGUGUGAUAGUCCCUUUGAAUUCUGUCGUACACAUGCACUGUGCUGCAUGGCAUGCUACAUUUUCAUUUUUCGUCUAUCAUUUGGCUUUUAGAGUUUUGGUGCUUGAACCAUGAUGACACAGACCUUCAUGACUCUUGUAGUUCCUGUUCUCAGAGGCAUGAUUAAAGGAAUCGGCUAAAUCUGGAUUUCAUCCCGUCUGAAUAGUUAAAAUAGUCACCAAAUUCAGUUUGAAUCAAUUAAGGGACUGAAUCAAAGCUGAAGUCCUCCAUCUCUGGUGAGAUUGAUCAAAUUUCUGUCCUAUGCAAAAUAUCUAAAACGCAUUGGCACCACUACUGCCAUCAGAGGAAGAAUAUAUCUGGGUAGUUCGUAAUGGAGGAAAGAAUACGACAAAUAGUGUGGGAAAGUACAAAGGAAGGAUAAGAAAGCAAUGAAAAAUAGUUGGAAGCAACCUACCAAAACUGCUUUGCUAAAUGCUUUUACCUGCUUCUGAUCAUAGAUUCUCCUAAAUGUUUACAUGAUCGGCUUGUUUUAUCACAUUUGGCGUCAUCUUCUUUAUCACAUUAAAAGAAACUUUCAUCUUUAAGCCAUGUUUUUCAAGUGUGCUUCAGUUUUCGUGUAAUUUCGCAGGUAAGUGAGGGUCUUGAUUUCGCCGACCAUGCAGGGAGAGCUGUGAUUGUAACUGGAAUGCCAUUUUCCAUGAUGGCUGAUCCGAAGGUUUGAUAAUGCUGUAUAUGGAUGGCCAUAUAUUAAAUAUUCAGACUGAUCUGUGUUUCACCUUUUUCUCUGUAUUUUCUACUAACAUAUAUUUGCCAUGAUUUCUGCCAUUGGGGUGGUUUUAACAAUUCAAGUUUAACUGGUUCAUGGUCCUGGUAGGGGAUCACAAGAAAAAUGCCAAACUACUUUUGAUGACUGAAAUUUUGAAUUGCAACUUAAGCCUCGUCAUCAUGAUCUGGUACUUCUACAGAGUAUUGGAAUAAGUUAAAUGGUGUCAAUUUUAUUUUUUUUGGUGAUGAGAAAUUCCAUUUCUCAGGUUCUCAGAAGGGUUCCUUCCUGAUACAGGUCGGAACCAUCUGGGUCCACCUGCGGCUGCGUUCUUCUCUUGCUUGGAUACCUAUUUCCUUUCACUCGUGUAAUAAAAUAUUAAUAUUUAUUCAAUUAGUUAUCCUAUAGUUCUAUAGCAUACAUUACUAUUACUUAUAACAUUGAAGAGUGAGUUGACUUUCCCAUGCAUUUUGGCUUUAUACAUGGACUUAUCCCAUCUCAUAUUUUUGCUGCUUACAUGUUUCUACUUAAUUACUGUUUUACUUUGUCAAAAUACUUUUCGAAGAAAUUCCGAUAGAGCUGCUACCUUCAAAUGACACUACCCAAGCUCCAAGAGUGUUAACGAGGACUCUGAGGAUGUUAAUAUAGGAAAACUAAAUGACCGAGUGAAUGAAUAUAGGUAAUACUUCCUAUAUUGUACUAAGACAUAAUGCUCCCGGCUUCAUAUCCCAUUUUUCCUGGUAUCACUUGCCCAGCACCACUGUGCUGCAGUGGUAUAGGUUCAAGAUAAUUAUUUUAAAUUUCCAAAGAUGAUUAAUGUGUCUUGGCACAGCCAGUUUUUUUUUUUUUUGGUAGGAAGUUCUGUGGAGAACUUCCGUUUUCUCUCUUUCAAUCCUUUUCUCCCUAUUUUAUGAAUAAGAACCAUCGGCAUCAAGUCUAUGUUAUGGACGAUUCUUUAUGUCGUUUUCGGAUAUGGUAAUGUAAAACAUGUUUAUGGUGCAGAGGAACGGCAGAUUCAGAGAGAGUUGAUUCUGUUUUCAGUAUUUUUCUUGUCUAUAAGUCGCCAUGCUUUUCCUGCGGCUAGAGAGCUGCCAUUCCGAGAGAGUUGCCAUAUUUUCUGUGCUCAAUAUUUUCCUAUGGAUUAUUGAGUUUAUAUAGAUUUUUUUUCAAAUGAAGAGUUUCAUUUCUGGAAAGGAACGGGAUAUGGAGCCCAGGAUAUUUUAUCGUUAUGUUUUCUUAUGCCCUUUUAAUUGUCAUAACUAAAAUACCUUAUAGACUGGAUUUUGUCUUGGUUAUUUUUUACUGAAUAAUUUCUUUAGAUGAUUUUAUUUUCAAAUUUUUUACUUGGCUGCCUCAUCAAUAUCUACUAGAUUCGUCUCAAGCGGGAUUUCUUAGACCAUCGAGCUUCGUUACAGAAGAAAGGCCAAAAGGUAAAAAACAGUUCAAUUUUAUCUGGAUUAGGCUGUAAUUAUAGUUCUUGUGCAGCAAUGCCGUUUCACUGUCUGAUGCAGCCACGAAUAAGAUAAAUGUAAAUGGUGUUCAAGUUUUGCCUUCCUUCAUUUUGAACCUUCCGGAUGCUUUUGUUAAUGUUUCAAAUAAACUUUGUCACCUCUUCUGUAUAGCUUAAAUUACAGUUCAAUAAUUUUCAGUCUCUCACGGGGGAGGAAUGGUAUGUUCAACAAGCAACACGAGCUGUGAAUCAGGCCAUUGGCCGUGUCAUCCGUCAUCGCCAUGAUUAUGGAGCAAUCAUUUUCUGUGAUGAAAGGUGUAAUACUAUGCAUUUCUUUUCACCAUCCUCUAUGUAUUCAUUUAAUUGGAUAUGAAUCUAUUUUAAUGGAGCUAUCUGGAAACAGUUUUAUUGUCCUUAUCAAAUGAUCUUUUAGAGUCAUCUUAGUAACAUGUACUAGGAACUUUCUAGCUUCCCUUUUCAAUCCGUAAAAUUAACUGAUACUCUAACGAUUCUUCCCGCACUACCUGUCGUUGCUUUUGUGAACACCAUGUGUCACCAGGGCUAUUGCAAUAGAGGAUUGAAAAUGGGAGGAAAGCAGGCAUGCUGAACCCUGCGGUCACAUAUUUGUACUAUAAAAAGCUCCCCAACUUUUUCCUGCCUGUGAAUAUGAUAACUAUUGUAAAGAUGCACAUAAUUGUGAAAUACUAAUUAUCCAUUUUUUGUAUCGAAAUAUUUAAUUUAUUUCCGUGAUGUUUUAAAGUUUCAAUAAUAUAAUUUUAUUAUUAUUUCGAACGCAAGGCGAAUGUUAUGAUGAAGAUAUUCUGUUAAAUAAACGGGGAGUAUCACAUGAACAAGGUUCUGUCGACCAGAAAACACAUUAUUAGGUAACGAAAGGUUUCUUGUGUAAUCCAUGGUAAGGAGUGACUUGAAAGGAUGAAAUCUUGCAUCCUCUGCAUACUUGUCUCUGCAUCAUGAACAAUGUGGCCGAUUUUUAUGGGGAUGAUGAGAGAGUUACAAGAAUUGUCCAUGUUUAAUUGAGUCUAGAUGCUUGAUCUAGGUGUCAACAAUGAUAUACGUGCAGAUAUACAUCUAGUCUCUGAUCUGGUUUAAAUAUAUUAACCACAGGCAUAAAAUAUGAAUAUAUUAACACGGUUUGCGUACCUGUACUCCAAUACAUUUUUCAGCGGGGAAAAGACGAUUCAAAGGAAAAAAACUAUAUCAGAAAUGUCGUCGAAAUGAAGAUUGAAUGUUAUGGUGUCAAUUAUCUUUUUUUUUAAAAAUGAGCCAACCUCGACCAUGCUGUAUUAACUCUGAUGGACGUACUCAUUUUCCAUGGUUACUUUUGCCUUAAUUCGUAGUAAUUGAUCUGUCUUGUUUCUUAUCCAAGUAUGUUGUGGUUGUGUAGGUUUGCACAGAGAUCUCAUCAAGAAAAAAUGUCGCUCUGGCUCCAGCCACAUGUCAAGGUGCUGAAUCUAUGUAAACUAUGUCUUGACGUUCUUGAUAUGGAGCGAUCUCUUGCUAACCAUGCUUCUGCUGUUCUAGACAUAUUCCAAGUAUGGGGAUGUGGUGUUUACGUUGACUGGGUUUUUCCGUGACCAAGUUUCCUGUGAGAAAGUCGAGGGAAAGUUGAAAGAUGAAUUGAUAACAGGUAAUAUAUGAUUCUAUCUAUUUUUUAAUUCCGAAAUCGAUAGGUAAAAAAAUUAGUACCUUUUAUUAGGCUCCUGGUGCCCCAUUUAGAAUGGAUAAUGUCGACACGAAGGUGCUUAAUUUUAUCAAACUUGCCAGGCGUUGUUAUAAAUUAUAUGCAAAUAACUGGUUGACUAGGAAUGUGGUCUCCAUAAUUUUUUGGUACUCAUUUCUGGCUGUCAAAGUCAAUCUAGCAUAGAAUCUUCACCAACAGAUGAUACUCCGUGUAUGAAAAUGGAAUAACGAUAUACAUAGAAUUAAAAUUUAGAAUUAAAUUGCAAGUAGAUAUUAAAUUAGUCAAACACGAAAAAUGAAAUGUUCUUGGAGCUGAUGCUUACCGUUUGUCGUUUCUUAUUUCUAACAGACAUAUGUGUUGAUGAAAUAGAAGUAAAGAAAAAUUAAUUUUAAUCAAUUAUUGUUCUCCAAUGUGGAAUUGUAAUGCAGAUAAUGUUCGUGGAAAGGAGACAGAGAAGCCAGGGAGGAAGAACCUACACUCUUGUAUAGAGAGUGUUCUUGGGAAGGAAAUAGAUCACCCGAAUGAAAAUCUGAUUCUGCCACAACGGAUGGUACAUCUUCGUUUGUUCCUACUUUUUUGCUUCAAUUGAUGGCUUUGACUAACUCCAUUUUUCGACUAAACUUUCCUUUGUAUUCUUCCAAAUCUUUUUUCUUGGCAGAUUAACACCAGCAAUGAAGAUUCUGAGAGGCGGCAAUCUUCAGCUUUUGAAACUACCAGAGGAAUACCGCAAAUCUUCAGCAACGAAUGAAUAUCCGUUGACUCCAUAGAAGGAAUACUUCCCGCAAAUAGGUCAACUCUUAGUAGCAUAACUGACAUGGGGAAGAAAUCCGGAGGCGGUAAAAAAUCCCUUUCUGUUGAUCACAAGAGAAAAGUUCUUGAAGAUGACCAGUGCAAGGUGGUUGACUGGACCGCUGACCCCAUAGCAGCGGAGAGAAAAAGUAGUAAGACCAAAGUGACGGCUCCCAGUUCUUUGGAAAGUUAUGUAUCAUCUGAAGCUGAUCCCCAUUCAGAGCAAGCUUCAGGAUUUCCGCCUAGACGUUACCCUCUCUCGAGCAGUUCAGAUAAACAGCAAAUCGGACCAUUUUCAUCUGAGGGUGAUGACAGGUGUGACAGCAGCAGACGCUAUGAAUGCCGUCAACCAGGGCUGGGCAUGCAUCUAGUGAUGAUCUGACGAGAAGAAAGUCUCACGUUCAGUCACAUCCGCAGAAGGACGGUUCCUCCGAGCAGACAAGAGGGUCUGCUUUCCUCGUGAAGGUGCGCUUCUGUUUCUCUAUUUUUGCCAUUUUCUGCAAGUCAACUGGGUCAUCUCUGCUGAAGACCCUGCCCAUUUUAGCCAUCUAUCUGCAGCCCUGUGUGCUCAGCAUUUUAGCUUUAGUCCUCGUUAUAGGAAGAUUGGUAUCCUUGCCAUAUCUCCUAGCCCGGCAGAAGGGAAGGUGGGUUUUCAGAGGGCUAGGUUGAGCUGGACUGUUGACUUUUUCAGGUCAAACAGAAGCUCACCGAGGCCGAAUACAGGGAGUUUGUCGGUCUCAUGAAGGCACUGAAGCUGAAAACGAUGAAAAUAGUACCGGUCUUGGAAUCAAUUGCGAGAUUAUUUUCUGUGCCCGACAGGCUCCCUCUUCUCCAAAGGUACGCAACCUCUGUGUAAUUCUCUGUCUCAAAGUCAGCGUUAAUGGGGCCAGCUGCUAUCAAAGUCGUUGACUAAUGGGCAUGCUCGUCAACAGCUUCAGAGAUUACGUUCCUCCAAAGUACAAGCCUUUUUACGAGAAGCAUCUCGUGGGCCUCAAUGUGACGAACGACUCACAAAUUGCUUGAUUCUUCUAAACGCUGGGAAGGUACUGAAUCUUAUUCGGGGAUAUAAUCUUUAAAAUACGAAUAAAUAUGCUUCUUACCAUGCUUUUUGUGGAUUAUUUUAAUGAAAUAAAUCUCUUCGAAGGACUUUGUGAUGUAUAAAUCUCUAUGCUUUCUGUUUCCUGCAAACCACCACAGCGUAAUGAUUCUGCGAACCAGCAGAAUAUUAUUUUUUAUAAAUAUUUUUCCUAUUUAAAGACAACCGCGGGUCAACUGUAUCUGAAGAUAUUAAAUAUAUAUAUAUAUAUAUAUUUAUACCCUGAUUAUUAUAUCUUUGUGCAGAUGGACCAGAUCCAGUUGCAUAAACACCCCCGGUUGGUUCCUUCCUCGGAUUAUUUUCUGCGACCAUUAGAUAAAGCACGGAUUCUGUCCUGUAUAUUCCACAUGAUGAUGCGGAUGAACUAUAUAGAAAAUUUGUUUAUUUCUUCAAUGGGUAAAUACGAGGUGAUUUAAAUUUUAUUGGGUUUUUUAGCAAAUGGCGAGGAUUAGUUCGUGGGAUGAAUGUCUGACACUGCUCUAACCGCAGGCCUCCGUCUUCUGCACUGGCUAAGUAGCUCUCGCUGGACGGCCAUGAACACCAGGCUGCGGCAAAUAUAGGAGCAUAGUAUGCUUGAUUUAUUUUUCAUGGUAAGAAAUGAAAUAUAUAUUUUUUUCAUUCAUAUUUGGUGUACUGACAUUCAUUCGAAUUGGGCAUCGUGCCUGCGGUUAAUAGGAUGCCAAAAUGUGCUUAUAUGAUAUAAUUGGCUGUUAAUGGGCUGGUACGGCCGAAGCCCAACCUAAAUAUAUUUUGGGCCAGGCCUGGGCCCGUCCCUCUCUCUCUCUCUCUCUCUCUCUCUCUCUCUCUCGCAAUGCGAUCAUAUGCCGAGGGAAAGUUGGGAAGAUGAGCGGCGAACAAAUGAAUUUAUGUCACGAUAUAUAGAAGAAAAAAGUAUAAGACGGGGCGAGAGGCGCCACCGGCAUCUAUCUAUCUACUCUCCAUUCCCUCCCGCCUCCGCGGGUGAUCAGUGGACGAGGUACGUCACGAGCAGCGCCACCAGCAUCAGCGCGCAAGCGAUCCCCUGGUCGACAGCGUAGGCGUCGCUCGUCGGGGGGCUCGCCGACGGGGGAGCGGCGGCGUUCUGAGCGAACGACGGGAGGAUGACGGAGAGAAAGAGCGAGGCGACGAGGAGAAGCGCGUGGAAUCCUGCGAACCUCAUUCUCCGUCUGCUGCUGGGCGAGGAAAUUCCGAUCGCCGCCGCACCGAUCCGCUCUGCUCCGCCGCAGAUCGCUGAAGGCGAGGUGGAGAAGACUAG